UAUAAGUGCUCCAUAAACUCGAAAGAAAAAUGGAAUCGUUACAUACUAAACUAUUGCCUUAUAAGGAAUUGGUAGGAGGCAUCGCUAGCGUUGUUACAAUAGCACAAUUCUUUUCUGGUGCUGUAAUGUGCAAAGAUAUCCAUAAUAGGAAAACUACAAAGGGUGUAAGCGCAAUUCCAUUUGUUGGUGCAGUCAUCAUCGGUAUUCUAGUUUUCAAAUAUGGAUUAUUGCUUCAUGAUGAUGCUAUGCUUCGUGUAAAUAUGGCAUCAGUGAGUUUGAACUUAUGUUAUGUAGCUGUUUUUCUAUAUUAUUGUGAAAACACUUGGGAAGAUGUAUUUAAACCAGCAUCAUAUGGAAUUGUACUUGUUGCAUUACUUCUUGGAUAUGCUGAAUGGGAAAUGCCCGAAAAAAUUGAAUAUAGAUAUGGUCUUUUGGUCACCAUUCUCCAGCUAUUGUUGUUGGCUAGUCCUCUGAGAGAUUUGGCUAAUAUUAUCGCCACAAAAGAUGCCUCCUCUAUUCCUUUUCCUAUUGCAUUUAUGGCAGCUAUAGUAACAUUCCUUUGGUUUAUAUACUCCAUAAUUUUGAAUAAUAUAUUCAUGCUGGUACAAAAUUUUGUAGGCUUCGUCCUUUGCAUUGUCCAAAUAUCUCUAGUGUUAAUGUACGGUUCACAUUUGGAAGAAGGAACAACGAGCUAAUUCGAGAAUAUAUAAUAAGACUUUUUCAAAUUGUGCCAUGGGCUGUGAGUGAUUUGUAAUCAAUAUACCUAAUUAAAGUAAA